AUUGUGCUGGCUCGAAGUUGGCGAUCUUACAUGGGGCAAUGCGUGUCGCGUAAGGCGGGCGCCGUCAUCGCAGCAUCCGGCCAUCACGAUUCGCCCUCCUAUAGAAUUAUGGAGAAAUCCGCGAAAAUUCAGAGAGAAACAAGUGUCACUCCGGCCACCGUAAGAUUCGAGAUUCCGGGGGCGAAGAAUUAAAGAAGAAGACAAAAUAAAAAGAAAAAGGAAGAAGUACGUCUUCGCACGUGCGAGUCCUAAGUAUAGCACUAAAAUCUAGAAGAGAGAGGGAAGUAAAAGAGAUAGAUAGAUAGAGAGAGAGAGAAAGAGAGAGAGAGACAGAGAGAGUACACGGACACACCCGCAAAAUCGAGUGCUCGACGUGCUCUCCACACUGGCAAAGACACUGUGCAGUGGCGUCGCGACGCCGGCGCAGUUUACCGGAUCGAUCCGAUGUCCGUUUCGUCCUAAGUUUUCUCUUUCCGACGUGAGAGAGAAGAGAAUGCUGGAGUGAGAGGGACGGUAAACCAACAACGGAGACGAUAACGGCGACGCCGACGACGACGACGACGACGACGAAGGAACAAGAAGGGAACGUGAAAAUGUACGAUAACAAUAAGAAUCAUACCAAUAACGACGACGACGAGGAGGAGAAGCGUCUUCAUCGUGCGACGUGAUGCGUUCGCGAAGACGUAAAGAGAAAGAGAGAGGAUCAAAUUAAGGGUAGUAAAAAAAGAUAGAAAUACUAAUAGAGAUAAAAGAAUUCGUUCAUAGAAAAGUUCAUACAAAUCGUAUCGUAGAAGCCAACUUUUCUUCUUCACACAUUAGCCGGUUAAAAAUAUUUUCGACUACAUUGGCGUGGAAUGACGUGAUUGCUGCUCUAGGAAAAGACGAGUAAGAAAUAGAAAAAGAGAGAGAGAGAGAGAGAGAGAGAGGGGAGAAAUACAGAUAACACGUUAUUCGGUGUAUCGAUCGAUCGUAAGACCGAUCUUUGGAAAGUCUCGGAGACAUCGAGUCAUCGAAAAUGGAUUAUCGGUGCGCCACCGGCACGAGAUACGACGAUGAUGUCCUGGAGAACGAGAAAGGGUUGUUCGGAGCCACUGCGAAUGACAAUAAGGGUGCAUCGAAACGUGGCACUCCGUGCACGCGGGGUACUGCAAUGUCGUUCGGCUUUCGUAGAAGACCUACCACCGGAAUCCCGAUACCGAUAACAAACUAUGCGACGGACCUAACUCUAUUACACCCACGAUCUAAGUCAGCCGGUCCAGAGCAAACUCGUAGACGCGACGACGAUGUUAAUUACCAGGUCGUUCAAAACUCGUCAUCCGGAAGAUCAACGCCACGACUGGCACCGCCGAAAAAGGAAGCUACCGGCGUAUCGACCAGAACAAAUCGUUUUGGGUACAGGCAAGCACAGGGCAGAUACACAAAUAAGGUCGGUGACAUUUGCAAUAGUCAUAGCGUUAGUCACUACAAUCAGGAAAGAUUUCAACAGCAUCAACAACACCAUCACCACCAUCAACAACAACAACAACAACAACAGCAACAUCACCAACAACAGCAACAACAUCAGCAGCACGACAGUCACGUUCCUAAACAACAGAACAGAGUUGUACAGGUUUAUAACGUAGCUGCAGGAUCGAAGCUACGAGCACCCUCGUCGCACAACAGCGGCAACAAUAAUGCCAUCAAUAGCGAUGUCAAUCGAAGAGUCUCUGGCAUUCCCGAGUCAGUAACAAGAUACACGUUACAUGCAAGCCAUCUACCGCUUCCUCAGUACGCGGUAAGAAUGAACGAGACGAAUUCGAAAACCGCAAAGACCGUCGCUAAUCAAAGUAGAAAAAUAUCAACUGGUUCAAAGAGCUCGGCUAGCUCGAAGGAAGGCUCAGGUACAGAAGAUUCUGGUGUGAGUAGCCAUCAAAGUUGUCCAGGUGAAAGCGAAAGGGCCGAAGGUUAUGAUUAUUUGGAUGGCGCUACGACAGGUAGAAGAGGGUUUGGCCGAGCCAGAAAUUUAAAAAUGGUAGUCAGUGGGAAAAGCUUUGACGUUAGAGAUGUUGGGGAUGACGACAGCACCGUCACCGAAAUAUCUGUUAUACCGUUGCCAAAGUGCUUUGCGAGUCCUAAUUUAAAUACCGGCCUGGUACGUGAGAGAACAACGCAGUAUCAAAGAAUCGUGAAUAAGGACAAUAGGUACACGAGUUCCAUAACGUCGAUGUCAACUACUUCCUCGGAGGGAUAUGAUGAGGGUCUGGGCGAAGAGAAGGUUUACAAAGACAGAUCUCGUACCGAGAAAAUACCUUCCAUUAAGUCGGACUUUAGUUUGCCUAGUUCGGACGAUCCCGAAUAUGGCCACGGGGAAGCAAUGGCAGACGAAUACUCGUUGAGCUCGAGCGACGAGUGUCAACGUUCCAAUUCGAACUCUACUCAGCACAUAAAGACCAUAUCAGAUGCGGCUAAGAAUGGGAAUUUACCGAAAAGUACUCUUCGUUCCGUUCUUCUUACCAUCGAGGAUCCUGCAUUUGCAGCUGCUGCUGCUACCUCAACUGCAUUAAUAGACGACGAAACAUCACCGGUUGAUAGUCUUUUCGACAGUCCUACAGCCAGUAUUACGCAAUCCGAUGACAAAGUGUCGAAGAAGGAAUGUGUCAUGGAACGAUCUGGGAAUACCAUAGACGACGACAGUCCUGGUACGCCUACUAAUGCCUCCAACUCGCUCAGUUUGUCAGAGGGAAAAGAAUAUUUUGACGAUGAGAUCGCCGAUCAGCCUGGUUUGAUAUUCGACGAUAAUUCGGUCGUCGCAGUUGAGAAUCAAUCUUUGGCAAUUAAUCAAGUGGUCACGGAAAACAGUCAUACGUUGGUUGAAUCAAUCAAUAAAUCAAAUAUACAACCUGGAAAAAAUUCAGGUAUCAGUCCACUUCAUGGAAAACGAAUAAGUCGUGCUGGAAGCGUCGAUACGUUAUCUCCGUGUGAAUCAAUCGCUUCGGACGAUUUGAUGUUAGAUUAUGAACGCAGCGAUGCAAGUUCCACCGAGGAUACACAUAAUCGAUUGGACUCCAAUCCUGCAUUGCACGAAUUAGACGAUGCUACCAUACUUUCUGAAUUGGAGCAACAAGGCGAGGAAGUGAUGAGACAGUGGACUUCGCUACUGGGCACGGCUCAACCUAUGCAACAGCAAAGUGCUAAUUCAAAUACCGUAAACAAUAAUAUCAACAACAGCACCUCGAACAACAACAAUCAUUCCUCUACGGAAUCUGGAAUCACAAAUGGGAGAAAUUCAAGAUUAUUGCGAAGCAGGUCAGGUGCAGAGUCACCACGUUCGUUGGAUAGCGUUCGUAGUCGUCAGAUACCAAGUCCUCUAAGAACACCAAGAAGCAUACCAUCUCCCAGUUUCGAUACGAGCGACGACACAACCAUCAGGAUCGACCGUGCCACCUUCCAGUACAUGUUUCAAGACAUUGUCUCUCUUAAGACUAUGCUCUUAAAACUAAAAAGAGUACUUCAGGAGUCAGGAGAGAACAGUUUGAUGAGGCCGGAGGCUCUCAACCCAUUCGAUAAUACUAUAAAGAAUGGUCUCUUCUACACCCUGAACGAAAGUGGUACAGCGGAUGUUAGCACGUCUCCAGGCAGUGGGGGAAGCAGUAUCGCUGAUGAGCUGACGGAUUUACGUAGACAGGUGAUCUUUUUGCAAGGUCAAGUAGAAGAUAGAGAUAGAACUAUACAAAUACUUCAGUUUCAAAUGACAAAACUCAAAACUUCGAAUGGUGCAGAUAUGGAAAGUAACAUUCCGUCAGCGAAUUUUAGUAAAUCUUUACUUGUGGACAUGUGCAAUGCUGCCACACAAACCGAAAAGAUACGACCUGUAUCGGCAGGACCUUCGCUUCUGCAAUCACUUCCACAAGAUAGCACAAUAGGGCCUCUCGUCAGUUGGAGUGAUUCAUGGAAUUGCCAACGUCCCUCAUCGCUAGGAGAGCUUAACCAUUUUAGGAACCUACAUAGAUCAACCGACAAUUCGCAACAUGUAUUGAGACAGCGGCAAUCACAAAAUCAAAUUGUUAAGACAAACGCGCGAAGGAAUAUCAUAAAGAAAUCCCUUGAGCAAGAAAAUAGUUAAGAAUCCUGCGUUUACUAAUUUCGUCGAGUCGAAUGACACAUACACGUGCGGUAAAAGCAAAAUGAUGCGAAACCCACUUUAUUUACAAUAAGAGUAGCAUGCUUAUCAAUAAUAUAUGAAAUUCUUUCCUGAAUGAAUCUAAAUUAUAUCAAAACGAAUAGAAUUUGUAAUUAUUUGAUUGUUCCUAUACCAAUUCUUUCUGCUUUUACCUCACGUUCAUACGUACUACUUUAAGUUUGCUAAUACAAAGCAAUGCAAAUGGUAAAAGUCCCAUCUAUUAUCAGUUAAAUAGAUGCGUAAAUACGUACAAUAAAUUGGCGUCCAUUUCAUGAAUCACUGUUCUAUUCGCGUUUAACUCCCACCAUCUUUUUAUUAUAUUUCAAAUCAUUUCUUGAUUGGUGGUAACGGUUAAAUGGUCAUUAGGCAAGAUGCGAAUAACGAAUCUUCGAUUAAUUGUAUGUAAUAUAAAUAGCCGUUUUACUAUUUUUCAAGAGAUUCUGCUUAAUUCUGCUUUAUCUCAUUAGUUCGGGCUAAAGUACCACAUACGUAGCAAUUCAAUGUAAUGCGAUCUCAAACAGUAUGCGUAACGUAAUCAACAUGGGAUUGUAUUGAUGCGGAAAAUAUAUUAUUUGGAAAUUCACAAUAUCACUACUUAUCUCUUACUAAUUGAAUAGAGCUCGAAAAAAAAUUUAGGAAACUAUACGUUAUGCUACUGUUUCUUUUUCUUUCUUUUUUUUUUUUUUUAUUGUACAAUUUUUGAGAAGUAAUAUUGAUUUUAUACAAUUAUACAGUCAGGGUAUUAUGUAAGUGUAAAUUUGUCGUUUUAAUUUAUUUCAUCUCAUUAACAUAAUUCUUGGUGCUAUUUAACUGUAUCUAAAGUUUAAAAUUUUAGAGAAUAGAACAUAAUACAUUAGAUAAGAUUCUUUUGCUGUAAAGAAGAUAUGAUUUAUAACAUCUCAAAUGUCAUUAUAGUGCUAUUUUAAUCUAUGGAAUUAUUAUUGAUUUUUAUGACUUCAAAUAGGUAAACAAAAAUUUGCCCAUUAUACAACUCUAUAUAAAUAAUUUAUAUAAUAUAUCGUAGGGCAAUUUUUACAGAUUUCAUGCUACUUAAUACAGUCAAAUAGAAAAACAAGCUAUUGGUAAUCAAGUAAAAAUUAUUAUUAACAUAUUCGUAAAUGUCUACAUACAUAUACGUAUAUCUCUUAAAAUGUGUGUACAAGGCAAACUCUACCUAAUAUUUGGAAAGGUUAUUUUCAUGUAAAUGUAUUACAUCUAGACUAAUUAGAAAUUGCAAAAUUUGCUUACUGAAAUAAAAGUAUAUAUAGUUUUA